AUGGGGAUAUUUUCUGAAUGGAAGAAAUUAACUUUCUUAAGAUUAGGAGAUGAAGUUUGGACUCCUGUAUACACACCUAAAGGUAUAGGUAUGACUGAUGUCGUAUACUUGAAUGGUCAAUUCUAUGCUUUCACUUACCAUGGGAAAUUGGUACUGGUUGACAUUUCCAGUUCUGAUCCAAAGACAAUUGAUAUCGCGGAACCACCAGAGGGUUUUGACUCUUCUUUUUCGCAAUCUUAUCUUGUGGAGUCGGUUGGAGAACUCUUUUUGGUUGCAAGUUUUGAUGACAAUAAGUGGACACAGGUGAAGAGCCUAGACAACCGUGCAUUGUUUGUGGGGUCUAAUGCCUCCUUUGCCAUCUUACCCUCUAACCAUUCAGAAUGCGAAUCCAAUUGUAUCUUCUACACUGAUGACGGCUUAUAUAGUCUUAUGAUAGGAGUUGCUUCAGACAUGGGAAUGUUUGAUGUGGAGACAGAGGAUUUUAUCCUCUUUAUGAGGGGCCAGACAUCUUAA